UGAGUGGCACGGCAGAGCUGUCACGCUGCUGCUGGUGGCACGCCACGUGAAAGUCCACGCAGCAGCAGCAGCAGUAGCAGCAGCUGCUGCCACUGGGAGGACCGCACGGACAUCCCCUGGCCCCUCCGGCCGUCUUCGUCGUCGUCGUGACGAGCGGCAGCUUGGGCAGCCUUGACACAAGGCUUGGUGUGUGCUGCGAAAGAAGACGUCGUUCAACAUGCGCCACUUGUUCGGUGUUUAACGCCACCUGUGUGGUUUGUUUUUGCGCGCAAAGGGGACCGAGCAUCGAGGAUUCGUGACUGGCGAGAGAGGCUUCGCAGCUGUUUCGAGAAGCAAAAGUGUUCUUGUUGUUGGAGUAAAGAGGGAGUGGGUGGUGGGGGGAAACAAUGGAUUAAAGUAAUUAACGACCGGCCCAAGCCUGUAAUGAAACAAACAGAAGGAUAGGGAAUAUCAAUCUGCGGCAGGAUGCUUUGGGAAAAAGCAAGUUCGAGGGCGAGAGUCUCAAACGAGCAACAUGUGAGGGCCGCUUGGGCUCGGCGGUAAUCCUGCACGCACGCUCCGAGCCACCCCUGACCUCGCGGCGUGGAAUGUUAAGCCGAGCAGGCCGGUGCGAAGCGCCAUGUGGAGCUGCUCCCGGGAGCCUGUCUUCCAGCCCCUCAACGCAUGCUCAGGCUCUGAGUUCGGCCUGCAGCUGCAGCCCCAACAGUCCCACGCAACCCCGGAGGGCCUGUGCCAGGCCUACAACUACUCCCUUCCUGUGUUCACCAUCACCUUUCUCGUGGCAUUCCUUCCCCUGGGCCUCUUCUACAACCUCAGCCUGGUCUUCGUGAACCUCCACCACCGCGCCUCCAUGGCAGCGCUCGACAUUUACUUCGUGAGCCUGGCACUGGCCAACCUGCUGCAGCUGCUGGUCGCCGUUGGGCAGAUGCUUGGCACGGAGCUGCUCUGGCACCGACAGGGCUUGGGCGAAGGCUCGGAGCUUCCGUCGGUCCAAACACAGCUGCCCACCUGCCUGACCCUCUUCGUGAUCUUCAGCAUAAGCGCGCUGGCCGGCGCCUACUCCCUGGCACUGCUCAGCCUGGACGCGAGCCUGGCGGCGGCGCUGCCCCGGAACCCCAUGGUGAGCGCACACAACGCGCGCCACCUCUGCAGCUUCGUGUGGGGUGGCGCACUCCUCGCCGUCUUUCCGGCCUUCCUGCUCUUCGCCUGCCGGGCUGAACCCACCGACUCGGAGGACGGUGGCGGCGGCAGUGCCUACGACAACGCCAACAACGGUGACCAGAUGCUCGACUGCCAGCGGCUGCAGAUUCGCCGGCUGGUGGACGCCGUUGACUUUUUCGCCGGCUUCCUCGUGCCGCUGCUUGGAGUGGCCGUGAGCUUCAUGCUCGCGUGCCGCAUUCACCGCCGGCCCCUGCGUCCCGAGCGGCCGCCUGGCCCGCACAACCGCUCGCUGGAGGAGGACGAGGAGGAGGCGGCCGAGGCAGCGACGUUCCGCCUCGUGCGUCUAACCGUGGUGGCUCACUUCUCGCUCUGGACACUCUACUAUGUGCUGCUGCUCUUCUACCUCAUCACCGCACACGACGACAAAGAGACGGCGGAGUGGCUGUCGACGCGGCCCGGCCUGCACAGGACGCUCAGAGGACUGGCCCUGCUCAUGGCCUACUCAUCCAGCUGUGUCACCCCAAUUAUAUAUCGCUGCCUUCGAAUUAAUUUCAGCUCAAAAUUAGACAAUACGCUGAGCGCACUGCACUGCUGUCCGUGGAAGCGGUGGAGCGGACACGCGUUGGAGAGGAAUAGAGCCGAAGUUCUUUAGCCCGGUCAACAGAAUGGUAAGGGCUCCUGGCAGCAGAUUUAUUGAUGUAAUAUUGUAUGUUAAUUUAAAAUAGUAAGAGUAAAUAUUUUGCCAGAAGCCUGUUUUGUCAUUUUACUUUACAAAUACUUGGUUCAUGGGAAAAAAAAUGUUACUUUUUAACAAUUUCCAUAAAUGAUUUUCAACAACUAUAGAAAAUUACGUAUACACAGACACAUACAUGCUGGUAAUACAGUACAUGUACUCUAUAAUGCAUGUUGCAUUUAGCAUUCAAAGGUAAGGGGGGUUGAGAACGGAUCUAAUCGCAACUUCAGGAGUUUGUUGAUUUUGCAACCCUCUGGGGUACUACUGGGUAAAUGUUCCUUACAAAGCCCUAAUGGGGCUUUUUUUCCCCCUGACAAGGUUCGGUCGGUAAAUGCAUCCCACAACUUCUGCUGCUGAAAAAUCAUGAUACUGACAAAAAGCGUUCUGAUGUGAAAAAUCUAACUAAAAACUGAUAAAAGUAUACGCAUUCUAUUUCAUUACUUUAUGCUUUGAUUAUACACGCUGGGGAAAAAAUAAGGCAUUGACGAUGGCUAGUUAUAGAUAUGAAAGUGUAUUUGCUGCCUAAAUGAUAUACUGGAGUACGUAUGGAAUAAAGAAUGUGUUUCUUGGAAGUGAUACAUUUAAUACUUAGGCUUAACAAAUGAAAAAAAACCUAAUCACCUCCAUACCAUGUAAGUAUAUAUCAUGUCCUGUGAUUUUGUUUUCAGAAAAUUAUUUUACAUACGUAUUUGUGAAGUUGAAAGCACUUGUAUCGUCUAUAUACCUUUGUAACCUCAAAACAUUUGUCACAUUACACGAUGUAACACAAUUUUUGUUCCUGGGUAGUAAGUGUUAUUUUGUAAUUGCUCAUGCCUAUAAAGUAUAGAAAAUGGAUAUUAUUCCCAACAAACUUUGCUUUUGUGACCAGGACAGUGAUAUUUUGAAAAUUACCUAUUUUCUAUGAGAAAAAGGGCGAAUUUGUGUCUUUUCGUUCACAUAAAGUCAGAAAAAACAUUAAUUAAAAUAAACAUGUAUUUAUACUAAAGUAAUACAAAAAUGACUACAAAAUAUUUAGAAGGGAGUAGUUUUUCGAGAUUUACAAUUUCCUGUAAAUCAGCCCCCAAAUGAAGUCUCCCAUCAUGUUCUCGUUAUACUGUCCUUGGUAGCGGCGUUCAAAGUCCAGUAUAUCCUGGUGGAAGCGCUCGCGCCUUGCUCCUCCGAGUACGCUCCCAUGUUCUCCAUGAAUUUAUCAAGAUGAGCAUCAAGGAUAUUGACUUUGAAGAACAUCCUACAGCCCAUUGUGCCGUAGUUCUUCACCAGAGCCUCAACCAGCUCCACAUAGUUUUCGACCUUGUGAAUGCCCAGGAAGCCACAAACCACUGGGAUAAAGCUGUUCCAAGCUGCUUUCUCCUUACUAGUGAGCUUCUUGGGGAAUUCAUUGCACUCCAGGAUCUUCUUUAUCUGUGGUCCGACGAAGACACCCACUUUGACCUUUGCCUCAAGACAGCUUAGCGAAGAAGUCUUGAAAGUACUUGAAGGCUGCAGACUCCUUAUCUACAGCUCUGACAAAUUGUUUCAUAUGGUCCAAUUUGAUGUGCAGUGGUGGCAUCAACACCUUCCGGGGGUCCACCAGUGGCUCCCAAUUGACGUUGUUCCUCCCCACAAAGAACUCGGUCCGCUAAUGCCAGUCCUGCCUGUGUUAGUGCACCUUGGUGCUCCUGCCGUUACAAAGGCAAAGAUAGCAGGGAAACUUAGUAAAAACGCCUUGGAGAUCCAUCAGGAAUGCCACCAUUUUGAAGUCUCCGAUGACAUCGCAGCCGUACUCAUCAUACUUAAAGGCGUCCAGCAAGGUCAUGAUGCUAUUGUAAUCCUCUGAGGUGCACCGAGUGAGCCAGGGGAAGAGACGGGUACUUGUUACCAUUAUGGAGCAGCACGGCUUUGAGGCUCAUGGAUGAGCUGUCAAUGAAGAGGCGCCACUCAUUCUGGUUACAGGCGAUUCCGAUUGCCUCGAACAGACUGGUCACAUUGUGGCAGAAGCAGAGCCAAUCUUGACGAGUGAAGAAGCUGAAAAAAGGUUGGUGACGCUUCUUCUUAUCUGCGACUUGCACACUUUCAUCCAACAAGUUCCACUGCUUGAGCCUAGACGUCAAAAGCUCAGCAAUGGACUUGGUGAGACCAAGAUCUCUGAUCAAGUCGUUGAGGUCUUUUUGGUUGGGGUAGUAUGGGUUUCUCUCCUCAACUCCACCUCUGAAAUUGUCGCCUGGAUCUACAAUGUCUUCCUCGCUCUCUGACUUGCUGCUCUCUUCUAAAGACGGCUGCUCUCUCUCUGGAGGAGUGGGUAAGGGGGAGCUCAUGGCAGUGUAGCACUGGGGCGAUGGAUGAAGGAAGGUCCGGAUACGUGAUAGCAGGUAAAUUAUUGCCAGUCCAACGUUUGGAAGGGUCCACCAUGCAGAAGUAGCAGUUGCUUGAGUGGUCAGUGGGUUCCUGCCAAAUUGUUGGGAUAGCAAACUUCAUGGUUCACUUUUCCCCUCUGUACCAUCCUACAAAAAUACAUUUAUUUCACCCAUGACUAAUGUGUAAGAGAUUCUCGCAGCAUUUUUCAUAUAUGAUAUUUUUUCAAUAACAUUGAAAAUUGUAAAACAUUUAGAAAUUCUAAACUUUUUCAAUUUUAAAUUUUAAAAAAUGUAUAACAUAAAAUUCCGAGCAACAAUUGUCCAUCUUACCUUCCAGAGUUUUUUAGCAUUGCUCGCAGGUGAAAUGAAGUGCCCAGGAUUUGUCUUGAUCCCCGACAGGCAUGCCAAAAUAUACCUUUUAGGCCUCACACAUCUUAGCAGAUGCUUCCACAGAAUGCUUUUUCGCUCUUUUCUUGAUAAAUUGCCGCGGACAUAGCAAAAUGCGUCUGCCGGAUGCUUGCAGCCUCUUGAUGACAUCUCAGAAAAAUGCAGAUUUGUAUCCACUUAGGCAGCUGGAACUAAACUGAACUGGUGGGCUUAAGGCCCCCGUAUUUAUACUACUAUUUAUAUUACUGGAAAGUUAUAGAAUGUAUCUAUCUGGAAUGUUCUGGAAAAUAGGUAAAUUUCAAAAUAUCAAUGUCCUGGUCACAAAAGCAAAGUUUGUGGGGAAUAAUAGCCAUCUUAUCUACUUUUGAGGCAUAAGCAAUUACAAAAUAACACUUACUACCCAGGAAUUUUUUUUUAAAAAUUGUUACAGUGUUAUCAUAAUUACGAGGCAUAGCAUAUAUUGCACUGAAAGAUUUGACUAACGUACAAUUUACAUUAUUUGCCAAUAAUGUAGCUACUGAAAUACAAUAAUAAUGAUUAUACAAUGUUUUUUUCGCAUUUUAUUUCAUUAACGACAAUUCAGCAAGCGGUUCAAACCUAUAUUUGUGUCUGUCUUAGUCCGAUCGAUGUCAUUGUGAAGGAUGGUGCUGACAAUGUCUCCUCGUGCGUUAUUGAAAUACAACUUGCAUGGCUGAGUGACAUUU